AUGGCGAGUAGCUCUGCAUCUAUGCUGGACGAAGCGAUACGAGUCGUCGUGACUCCUUCCCAAGCAUCCUACUUCGCGGGGGAGCCUUUCUCGGUCACUAUCACCUUCACCAACACCCGCACUCCCGAAGCUCCCACCGCCCCCCGCUCCGCCUCUCAUGCGCAUAGGCGUGGCGCACACUCCAUCAGCUCUGUUCCACUAGCGCGACCGCCUACGUCUCCAGGAACCCCGCGCACUGUUGUACCUGUAUUCCCCUCACGCGCGAAUGGCGAGGGCGGCUCUACACGAAGGAAGGGGCUCAUAGGUCGCGGCCUUCAGAGCAAGUCGACGGACGAACCCCCAUCCGCGGAGGUGCUCAGGAAGAGGCUGCUGGCAUGCAGGUCGCUCUCGGUCACUCUGUCUCCGCACGAACUGCCGUCGCAGAAUCCAUCUGGCGACUCGAUCUCUCCCUCUAGUCUCGCCUCGUCUCCCGCCAAUACUUCGCCUGUUUCAGGCCCGUCGUCCGCCCGCAUUAUUGCACCUCUGGCCAGGUCACCUUCUCUCCCUCCCAAUCACCCACACGCACGUAAGAACUCUAUUCUAGACGGCCAACUACAACUGCAAGAUCUCCGCCCGCCACCCUCGCCAUCAUCUUUCUUGUCUACGCCGAACCCAUCGACUUCCACAUUCUCGCUUUCCCUCGACCCAAUAGCGGAAGCAGGCUCAAUAUCCCCCGGGCCUCCUGCGACACCCUCCUUCCCAUCACCCAUACCCGGCUCAGACAUCCCGAACAUUCGAACCCACAUACCCACCGCCGGUCUCGCCAACCCGCCGAAGAAGACCAAUGGAACACACCUAUACCCCUCCGCUGCACCCCGCGAGCCACCAAGACGUCCUUCGCAGCUCCUCGGACACGGCCCCCCACCUGCCUCCACAUCUACCGCAUACCUCAAGCCUCCGCGCACCGCGUUCUCCUCCACAUUCCCUGUAUCAAAUACCGAACUUAUUCUCUACGCCUACGCGCAGCUACUCGGAACCCUCACACUCACGCCGCUUCCGGAUGCGAAUGCGUCCCCCGAGCAAGGACGUGCGCUUACUCAGCUCCGCUCGCAGCUGCUCAAGCGCAAGGCCGUCGGUGGCGGCAGCAUGGACAUCUCGUCCUCGCUCAGCGCGCAGUCCCUCGGACCUGGUGGGGGUCGCCCUGGGCGGCGAGGUUCGCACGGACGCUCUUCCUCAGUGUCGGGCGGGCUGCUGUCCAUGCUCUCGCCGACGUCUCUGGUGGCCUCGCAGAGCCAGCAACCCUUCGUGCCUGGACAUCGCGCGCGGACAUCCUCGGUGUUCUCGCUCUUCUCAAACGGACAGGGUCCGCCGACGAGUCGAUCUGCCGGGGUAGGUUUGGGGUUAGGCACCCCGCUGCCGGAAGAGGACGAGGUGGACCCGGACAUGCCUCUCCCCACGCUCGAGGUACAGCCGUCUAUGCUCGCCGUGGACCUCAGCCUAGGACCGGGGGAGUCGCGGACAUAUACAUACACCCUGGUCCUGCCGGAAAACUUACCGCCGACAUUCCGCGGGCGUGCACUCAAGUUCUCAUACCAGUUUACCCUGGGUGUUUGCCGUGCCGGGUCGGCAGCUUCUGGGACUGGGUCAUCGAGCAGUAGCAGAGUCAUGAAGGUGCCAAUACGAGUGUACAACAAUGUGUCUGUGAGUAGACCGGUGAGAGCGUACGACAUGCUUUGGCCCGUGAUUGCACAGCGCGGGCCUCUGCCGCCGGGGAAAGUUGUCGAGGAACCCAAGGACGCACCGAAGCGCGCUGAUCCUCGGUCUUCCCCGCGUCCAGGUGUAUACACUCCUGGGUCGUACGAAGACUUGCAAGAGUACGCGCGCAACCUUCUCGCGUCGUUCCCGGAUCCCAAGGCGACGGGGGUGCGGAUCAAGCUCCCCAUAGAGGCCAUCCAGUCUUCGCGGAGUGCCGGACUUGACCGCGAGCUGGAGGACGAGCUCGACAGUCCCACAGCUUGCCGACAAGCCGUCGAGAUCUUAACGCGCAAUCCCAAGAAAGCGUCAUACGAUGUCACCAAAGACGGCAUCAGGGUCGCGGUGCUCACCUUCCCCAAGACCGCAUACCGGCUCGGCGAGACAAUUCUGGGCGUCGUCGAAACGAACGAGCGUGCGAGCCGUGCGCGCGUGCUCAAGCUGUCCGCGAUGCUCGAAGCGCACGAAUCGCUGCCGAGCAGCCUGGCUUCCCCAGCGCUGUCUCGGCACAUGCGCCGUGUGCACGCGGAGCACCAUUCGUGCUUCAUGCCCGCGACGCUGCGCACGACGUUCUCGCUGGACAUUCCCCCGGACGCGAGCCCGGCGUUCCAAGCGUCUUUGAACGAUCCGAGUCUCGGCGGGGCGUCGCGCCCCGGAGGGCUGGAAUGGAAAGUCCGGCUGUGUCUGCUGGUCGCCAUUGCGUCGCCGACUGCGCGCGAAGGCGCGGAGGGUGUGCGCUUGCGGCAGCUUGUACGCGACGGUUCGAAGGGACAGUGGGGCUCAUCCUGGAAGGCGACAGAGAGCAUUGCGCCUCUCGAGCGCCCGGGACCCCCUUCGGUCACGUCCUCACCAACUACUCCGGUGGCGAACGGAGAGCUCACCGCGGGCACUGCAAGUACGGCGAUGUCAUGGAUGUCGUACUUCGCGUCUUCAAUCCUGGGACCGGCCACUGCAGGCUACCACGACGGGGACGAAGACCUAGAGGAAGAGGCGGAGGACGAGGUGGGGCCGGAGGAGGCGUGGAAGGAUGUGAAGGUGGAGAUGGUUGAGUGCGAGGUGCCGGUGAGGGUGUGGCCUGGGAAUACGGCGUUCAAGGCGACCGACAUUGUGUUCGACGUUUGA